AUGGAUUCCUCGUCACGGUCGGGAUCAAUGGUAGCUUUGAGUGCCACAAAGAACCUUCAUCAUUUGACCUGCUAUUUUAAGAUUCAUGUACAUACAGAAAGAAGUCUCACUUGGGGUGUUGCACCGCUCUAUUCGAGAUGUGUGUUUACUCCGUACCAACACCCGAAAAGCAUUCCCGGUGGGGACGUAUUUUCUGGGACAUGCGGUCCCAAUGGACUCGUCAAUUCAACAGGCACUCUUGGGAAGAUCUGGAAGGUAUCGAUCGAGGGUUGUGCAGGGCGGGAAAAUGUCCCGUCGAGGCAUUGCAAGAGUAGCUUGGUUCUACCUGAAGAGGUACUCAUACUCCGAAGUGCUUCUAUCGUCGGAAUAACUCCAUUUUCCAAAGAAGCGUUUGCAAAAUCAAGUGUUACGUGGCACCACUCUUGGUGUACAUACGUAUGCGACUCCGUACAAGCAACUCUCACCCUUUUGAUCUGGGCUCUUCGCACUCUACAGGCUUGA